AGUCACCUUGUGUUUGGGAGGCAGCCGCGUGCGCUUGCGAUGUUGUCAAGUGCCAACGGUUGUUCAGCGGGUUUGUAACGCGUUAGCUUCGCCAUUCCCAUUCAGCCGGAGUCUCUGAAGCGAAGAGAUCGCGUCCAUGCUAUUUAGCGUCUGAUUUUUUAGCGCGACAUGGAGGAGUUUCCUCCUGAAAGCGAAAGGAUGGAGGCUUGGCUCGACGACAAUCUGGACUUUGCUCACUCGUACUUCGUGCGGAAAGCGAACCGGGAAAUGGUCAACGCUUGGUUUGCUGAGCGUGUGCAUUCCAUCCAGCCAUCCCGUGAAGUGUCCAAGUCACUUACAGACAGCUCCAAAAUUCAUCCAGAAACAAGUAGCUUGACUGCUUCAGGUUCCACAGAUACCUCUUCACCCAGUCCAGUUCCUUCUACACCCACACGCAAGAUAUCUGCAUCUGAGUUUGAUCGGCCACUACGGCCUAUCGUGGUAAAGGACGCAGAGGGCUCGCUAACCUUCCUCGGAGACACGGAGCGGGUGCCCAUGCCACCUCCAGCUCCGUCACACAAGCUGGAACAGACAGGCGGGGACCGUUGCGCCCGUCUUCUUGAGCUUGUGCGUGAUGUGUCCAGCCACUUAGACCUGACAGCGCUCUGUCAUCGCAUCUUUUUACACACACAUGAGCUAAUUGCUGCUGACCGCUACUCGCUGUUUUUGGUGUGUGAGGACAGCUCCAACCGAAAGUUCCUGGUUAGCCGGCUGUUUGAUGUUGCCGAAGGCUCCACACUUGAGGAAGCAUCCAACAGUGGCAUUCGCCUAGAGUGGAAUAAAGGCAUUGUGGGACAUGUGGCAGCCACAGGCCAGCCAUUAAACAUUAAGAAUGCGUACGAGGAUCCUCGAUUUAAUGCAGAGGUGGACCAGAUCACCGGCUACAAGACACAUAGCAUCUUGUGUAUGCCCAUAAAAAAUCACAGAGAUGAGGUUGUUGGAGUGGCACAAGCAAUCAAUAAGAGGUGUGGAGUGAACAGCACCUUCACAGAACAAGAUGAGAAGGACUUUUCCUCCUACUUGGCAUUUUCUGGGAUUGUUCUACACAAUGCACAGCUCUAUGAGACAUCGCAACUUGAGAACAGAAGGAAUCGGGUCUUGUUAGAUUUGGCCAGUCUUAUUUUCGAAGAGCAACAGUCUUUGGAGGUCCUGCUGAGGAAGAUCGCAGCCACCAUCUUGUCUUUCAUGCAGGCCCAGGAAUGCACUAUAUUCAUUUCUGAUGCUGAAACAUCGAAUGGAUUUUCCAGUGUGUUCCACAUGGAGUACGAAGAGUUAGCUGGAUCUGUGGACUUUCCUAACAGGGACAGCGAUGUAAGUAAGAUCAACUACAUGUAUGCUCAGUAUGUGAAUAACACCAUGGAGCCACUGAACAUUCCUGAUGUCACAAACCUGAUGUCUGUUCAGCAAUUUCCUUGGACUAGUGAAAACCCAGACUCUCCAACCUUCCAUGUGAAGAGUUUGUUGUGCACACCAAUUAGGAAUGGAAAGAAGGAUAAAGUUAUAGGUGUUUGCCAGCUGGUCAACAAGAUGGAUGAAUCUACAGGUGAGGUGAAGGCCUUUAAUCGAAACGAUGAGCAGUUUCUAGAGGCAUUUGCUAUCUUCUGUGGGCUCGGCAUCCAGAACACUCAGAUGUACGAGACUGUGGAGAGGGCCAUGGCCAAGCAGGAAGUUACACUUGAGGUCCUAUCUUAUCAUGCCUCUGCUGGGGAGGAGGAGACUCGGGCGCUCGAGGUAACAGCGGCAGCCACUGUUCCUUCAGCUCAGUCUCUGAGGCUACUAGACUUCAGCUUCAGUGACUUUGACCUGUCUGAUGCUGAGACUACCCAGGCCACUAUUCGUAUGUUUGUGGACCUCAAGCUUGUGCAAAACUUUCAGAUGAAGUACAAGAGCCUCUGUCAGUGGAUCCUGAGUGUGAAGAAGAACUACAGAAAGAAUGUGGCCUACCAUAACUGGCGACAUGCUUUCAACACGUCUCAGUGCAUGUUUGCCAUUCUCAAAUCUGGGAGGUUACAGAACAAUCUAAAUGAUUUGGAGAUAUUAGCCAUGAUGAUUGCAACUCUGUGUCAUGAUUUGGACCAUAGAGGUGUCAACAACUCCUACAUCAAGAGGAGUGACCAUCCUCUAGCCCAGCUCUACUGCCACUCCAUUAUGGAGCAUCACCACUUUGACCAGUGCCUGAUGAUCCUCAACAGUCCAGGCAGUCAAAUACUAAGCGGUCUUUCACUGGAUGAGUAUAAAACUACACUGAAGAUGAUUGAAAAAGCAAUCCUGGCCACCGAUCUGGCCCUUUACAUGAAGAAACGAACUGAGUUUUUUGAACUAGCUAAGAACAACCAGUUUAAUUGGGGGGAUGAUCAUCACAGAGACUUGCUAAGGUCCAUGCUAAUGACUGCAUGUGAUAUUUCUGCCAUUACCAAACCAUGGGCUGUACAAAAGAGGAUAGCUGAACUUGUUGCCACAGAAUUCUUUGAGCAAGGGGACAAGGAAAGAGAAGAACUAAACAUUGAACCUAUUGAUCUGAUGAACAGAGAGAAGCGUGAUAAGAUUCCCAGCAUGCAAGUGUCUUUCAUCGAUGCCAUUUGCACACAACUGUAUGAGACACUGGCCGGUAUGUCAGAUUUCUGCUCCCCCCUACUGGAAGGCUGCAGGAAAAACAGGCAGAAUUGGAAGCUGCUUGCUGAACAGGCUGAGGAGGCAAGCUUACUGAAUGGAGGACUUUAAAUGGCUAAUCCCAGUCAGCACAAGAUUAAGUUUACCCCUUUCCCUUACCCCAGGUUCUUCUUCAUACAACUCACCACACCCUGAAGCAUUAAGCGAUGAAUUCAUUCUAGUCAUGAUUCCUGCUAUGAAGAGUUCACAAACCACUAUGGGGCAAAAUUUAAUUUUACCUUUGGGAUGUAGCUGAAUCAUAUUGGUUCCAUUACACUUUGGGGGGUGAGGAAACAAAAUACUAAAGCAAUAUGGUCUAAAGUACAGACAUGUUCUGAGUCAUUUAUGUCUAAAAAAUCACAAGCUCUUGUUUCCGGUAAAGAAAGGGAGUGAUGACUGUUAUGUUUAAUUUUUACAUCUUGCUUUGGAAGUUAAUAUUUUUUGCCUGUCUAAGUCACUGAAAGUCAUGUUAUCAGGAAUGAGUCUAAUUGGGCAUUUACCAGCAAAUGCUUCCAUUUAAAGUCACUGAAUGGGUAGUUGUAAGUAAAACAGUUAUUACUUGCUUACGUUUUCAGGUAAACUUAGAUUAAAAGAGCCGAUUGGAAAAACAAAAGGUGUGAUCUUUUUAUAGUCAAUCCAAACCCUGUGUAUGCGAAGACAUUUACAGUAUACAAAGUUUUAUUUAUUGUUUUAGUCCCAUAUCAGGGUUUUCUGUAGCUCACUCAAUGAAAUGAAGCAGAGGCACAAAGAUAAUAAUUUAUUCAUCACUACAGUGCACCGAACAACUGAGGUAGUAUACUUUAAAGGAACACACCCACUUCUGAUAUGUAGAAGAAUGGCAUUUUUUUCCCCACAUUGUUUUACUGUUUUCACUUGUCUUUCGUAUAUAUUUAUUAACUUUAUAUUGUGAGAAUUUGGUUACUUAAAAUGUAACUCUAAAAUGUAAUGAAGGAAAAUACAUAUAUUUAAUUGUUCAAAAAUGUGUCCUUUAUUUGAGUUUUCAGAUGUCUUGGGUAUAUGAAUGGCAAACGUUUACUGAAACAAUUGAAAACAAUAGAUUCAAAGGCAUCAAUGUUCUGUUAAUUAAAGCAUAUGGCUUAUUCAAUUGAAA